GGCUAUCGGGGGGACGGUCGUUGUGGGGCAUAAGAGAAUAAGAGAAUGCGCCCUGCCGUUGAAGAUGCACAAGCAGGUGUGUUCACGUGUGCUGAGAGGAGACAGGAAGGUCUGUAGAAGCAGAGUUCCGUACGCGGUGUUCGAGCAGACGGAGGGCGGGUGUUCAGGAAGCUCGGGACUGAAGAUCAUGACAUCAUCUAAUACUUCUUCUAGGCGCAGCGGCCAGCUUCCGCCCCUCAAGCGUAACAGACCCAAGUUGCUCGAAUAAAUCUAGUUAUCUAAGGAGGCUCAAGAGACAAAAAAACAGCGGCUGCCCCAGGUUGUGCACAACACAACCCUCGAAAUGGAGGAGUUCAUACACGUCCCUGAGCCGACGGAGCCUCUUCUUGUCAUGCAAAAAUGGUACUUUGUGCAUUACAUGUGGCGUUGGUCGAACGACAAGAGAGUCCUUGAUAUGACUAUCGCAGACAUGAACCAGCGUGAGGCGGUCAACGACACGCACUGAACAUUGGCAAAUACAUAUGGCGGCAUCCACAACGAUCUUCUCCCUUUGCUACGAAGAGGCACAAUCUGCGAUGUGGAGGACGGCUAUGUUCUGCCAUAUAUUGGCACACCUCUCACAUUCACACGUACAACAGGUCACAAAUAUUAUGGAAACUCACUCGUCCCGUGCUUCAACGCUAACAUGCGGGCGAUUGAACCGCCUCUGCGUAAAGUGGACGAAGCUCCCAGCGGUGAAAACCCCACAGUCGAAGAUGAUAAUGCGGUGGCACGAACUUCCACUGCUCAACCACAACCCCUGCCGGCAAACCGUCGACCACAUGCCACUUGAACAGAAAUCGCUGCCCCGCUUCUGACCAUCGCCAGAGAUGGCGAAUGACAUCCGUGAAGGGCGACGUCAGCCAUACAAUGACAGCGCAAAUGCAUAACAUCAUACAUCCGACAAGAUCUCCCUAUGGGACGACUGACACUCAAAAAGGCCUCCUUGUUCAUGCCUGUGUCCGCAAGAUGCCUGGAGGCCACCUUGUUGACUUCUACUUGGCAGACAUGGACCACGGCGCGACGAUUGAACAUAUGCAUACCAUGUUUAGGACUGCAUAUCGUGAGGCUUGUGAGACAACAAUGCCUUUGUUGCGGUGGGCCACUGUGUAUCAUUGCCCUCACACAUUCGUUAUUCCUUCAGUGGGCAACUGUAUAACGUUCCAUUAUACGAUCGGUCAUAAAUAUACGUUCACUCCUCCAGUCCCGUCGUUCAAAACGAAUUUCCGUUGGAUAGCCCCUCGCCCGCCGUUGCUCUGUCUGCCGCCUCCUUAGCCUCCACAUGAGCCCUCCCCCCCUGCAAUGAAUGAACCACGAGUUCCAGCUCCGCUAAUGUUGACAUUCCCUGCUCACAAUAACCACAUCAGCCCUCGGUCAGCUCCCUCACUUUCCCCGCCCUCCGCUAACGCAAAUGUUUGGCCUACAAAUGAUACUUCAUGCAACCAUUGUCGCACACUUCAUACAACCCUUGCCCACUUUGGCCACACCUCGUGUACAAUGCCAUGUUUUCUUAGAUCAAUUUGACGCCACGCCCUACCUUUUAGACUGUCUAGAACUUCUUCAUCCUCGGCCUCGUCGUCAUGUGCAAUACCAUGUUCUCAUACAGGACUUCGUGCCUCACUCCUCCCUCAUGCCCUCUCACUACAAUGUUUGCGCCUUCAUUCUCCACUUUUCUUUCUUCACCUGUAAGACAUGUCUACUGUCAUCAGCGACAGCGUCUCCGUGUCAAAGACGAAGGGAAUAACUAUACAUGUUCAAUGCCACCGCUCACACUUUUCUGAACAGUUCGCCUUUGAUCCCCUCUGUUUCUUAAUUGACGACAAAUGUUUACUA